AUGGAUUACACUAGCAGUCACAGCAGCUCCAGGCAUCGGCACCACAAACAUCAUACUAACGGGGGCAUAGGGUGCCAGCAAGGGGGCUGCCUGACCUGCUCCGACUACAAUGGCUGUCUCUCCUGUAAGCCGCGAUUCUUCAUGCAUUUGGAGAGGAAUGGGAUGAAGCAGAUUGGAGUGUGCAUGACGUCGUGUCCUCCGGGAUUUUAUGAUAUUCGUUCACCAGAGAGAAACACUUGCACAAAGUGCAGGUCUGAGUGUGACUCCUGCUUUAACAAGAACUUCUGCACCCGCUGCCGACCGGGCUACUACCUCCACCUGGGCAAAUGUCUGGAGACAUGUCCCGACGGCCUGAUGCCCAGCGAUCUCCAGCGGGAGUGUGUGAACAGGUGUCCUGAAGGCUGCGAGACGUGUGUGAACACUGGGCUGUGCACACGUUGCAGACCAGGGCUGUACCAGCUCCAAGGGAGAUGCCACCAUGUAUGUCCAGAGGACUACGAACCCAACGACAAACUCAUGGAGUGCACCCCACAAGUGCACUGUGAGGUGGGUGAGUGGAGCGAAUGGAGCCCCUGCUCUCGCUCUGGAAGAACCUGUGGCUUCAGGAGGGGUCAGGAGACACGCACCAGGCUGGUCCUGCAGUAUCCAUCACCAUUUGGACGCCCCUGUCCAGAGAUCUCUGACAUCAAGGAGUGCCUGGUCAAGAGGAAAAAGUGUGAAGGGCGAGGAAAGAAUGAGCGGAAAGAUAGAAGAAACCGCAACAACAGGAGAGACAAGAGCAGUCAAGAGGUUCUCCGAGACAGGAAGCGGGAACGGGACAAGAACCCAGCAGAGCGCAACAACUCUGACAACAGGAACAAAACAGAGCACAGGAGACGCAGAGACCAGCACUCUGAAACUGUCCAGCCUGAGGACAGUGUCCUGGGACACCAUGACUGA